AUGAAGUUCUUCCUCACCAUCCUUGAUGCCCUCAACCAUCAUGCUACACAAUCACCCAACAAGAUUGCUUUCAUGUGGGUUGACAGCCAUUGUAAGGAAGAGAACAAGAUGACAUUUGAGCAGCUUCAGGAUCAAUCCAAUGCCGUGGCUGCUCGUCUCAUCAAGCUUGGGUGCCACAAGGGCGACAGAGUCAUGGUGGCUUAUCCCUUUGGGCUUGAGUUCUUGGCAGGAAUGUUUGGAGCCAUGAAGCUCGGCAUCAUCCCUUGCUCCAUCUAUCCACCCAAUCCGAACCAGCUCAAUACCGAAAUGCCAAAGUUCCGAAGAUUUGCUGAGGAUGCUGGAGACAAGUAUGCCCUAUCCACCUGUGCCUUUGCCACUGCCAUGACAGCUGCUAGUCUUCUCUACAAGACUGGAGUGAAGUGGAUUGGAACAGACAAACUGUCGAUCAAGAAACACAACACAAACAAACCAAAACACUUUGAGCAAUUUGUGGGAGAACCCGAAGCUAUCUGCUUCAUCCAGUACACCUCUGGCAGCACUGGACAACUCAAAGGGGUUAUGGUCGGGCACCACCAUCUAUUGGAGACCUGCAGGGCCGGCAUUUCCUUGACUGAUUUAAACACUGCUUCUGUGGCAGCUCUUUGGGUCCCACAAUACCAUGACAUGGGACUUACAGGAUUUAUGUCCUGUCUCUACACUGGAAGUCAACUGGUUGUGGCUUCACCACUAGACUUUAUUGCCAAACCACUGCUGUGGACAGAUAUGGUGGAGAAAUACAAUGCGACCCAUACUUCAGCACCCAACUUCGCAUAUGCCCUGCUGCUCAAACGGUUGGAGCAAGCCAACAGAAAACCUCACUGGAGUUGCAUGAAGGCAGCGAUGUUUGGUGGUGAACCAGCUCAAUGCCAUGUUGUGGAAGCCGUGGCAAAGACCCUCUCCAUCAAGCCUGAGCAGGUCUACAAUAUCUAUGGCAUGGCUGAAAUGGUGGUCUUUGUCACAGGGGGGGCAGCCAAAACAGACUCUGAAGAAGGGCUUGUGUCUUGUGGCAUAGUAGAUUCCCCAAGUCUCAAGAUUCGAAUAGUUGAUGAUGGAAAUGAGGUCGAGGAUGGGCAAGUUGGAAGUAUCUGGGCACAGUCACCACGGGUGGCAGCCGGAUACUAUGGCCAGUCUGAGCUAACCACGGCUACCUUUGCCAAUGCAUUGCCUGGCUAUGAUGGCACCUGGCUUGACACUGGAGAUUUGGGCAAGAUUGUGGAUGGGAAGCUGUAUGUCACUGGCAGAGUCAAGGAUGUCAUCAUUAUCAAUGGGAAGAACUAUUACCCAACUGAUGUAGAGCCCUCUAUUGAUGAAACUUUUGGUGACAUAAUCCGUCCAGGGAGGACCACUGCCUUUCAGGAUGGAGAAGAUAGCAUUGGUAUCACUGUAGAAGGCCGAAAGGAGUUUGACAAGUCAGAAAAUGAAGACUUGGCUGUUCAAAUUGCCAACCAUGUAUCCCAGGUCCAGGGGCUGUUUGCCUCGGAGGUAGUGGUCUUAAAAUUGGGUGUGACACCAAAAACCACCUCUGGCAAGCUGAAGCGAAGUGAGAUUAGGCAGACAACAAUUGCUGGUGGCUGGAAAGAACCUUCCGUACUACUUCAAUUCAAGAGGCAGGAAGCUCUUACUCCUUUUCAAAAGAGUCAAAGUCCCUCAUUCCUUGAGAGAAGUUUUUCAAUUCGUGGCAUUGGUAGCAGUGAAUUUUAUCUGAAUGAAGAAACCAAACAUGAUAUCAUGAGAAAAUCUAUGAGUACAGAAAACUGGAACUUCGAGGAGCUUCCUGACAUUGACCUGAACAAAACAAAUUCCCUGCCCAGCAAAGCUGUCGAAGCUGUUCAUGCUAUAGAGUGCAACCCGAGCAAGUUGGAUGAGUAUUUCUCUGAGCUUCAUCUUUCUGGGGUCUCUUGCAUUGACGAAGCUUGGUCCAAAGCCAUUAAGACAACAGCUGCAAUGCAAACCAUGUGCUCCCAAAUCACUAAGCAUCUGGUGGACAAGCACCCAACCAUCUGCCAGCUUGCCGAGUCGCUCAGUGAAAAUCCAGACUGGCUUCUGAUUGAUGACAGGACAGACUACCUUUUGCAGCUGGUGCACCAAAUCUUUGUCCUUCAAUGGGUGACAACCUUCAUGAUGGAUGACGCCGAGUGCAUGCAACAAAAGUUGCAAAACGAUGCUGAGUGGGAAGCCAUGAGCAAGAAUAAAAAGCCAGUUCCUUUGGAGCUACAAGAGAUGCUUGACCUUCCGGAACAAGACCCACUGUAUGGGAACUUGCCUUUCUUCGGUUGGAUAAAGAACAGAUCGCAAGGACCCCCCCCAAGCAGUACCUGGAAUGAUCUUUACAUUGCUUGGAACAUGCAUUUUGUUUUCUGGAGCGGAGAUAAGCACUCUUCCAUCUGGAAGGCGUCCAAAUUGCUGCUACCCUGCAUCAUUGGAGAUGACAAUGCUGGUUUCUUGCAUGCCAGGGCAACAAGCUUGUACCUGGUUGUACAAACCAUAGGAAGGAAAACAGAGUCUCCAAAGUAUUACACCGAAUCAUUUUUGUCAAGAAAUGCACUUGAGGAUUUUGGAAUGAUGAACCUAUCGUGGGCUCAAAAACUUGGAUACACCCACCCACCACUGAGGAGCAACAAAGGAAUGGCACUCAAUGAAGAAGAUUGGCUCCCCCGCUUUGACCAAUGGGGAAGAGAUUACCUGAAAACCCAGGCAAUCAACCCAAACCCUGAUAUCAAGGCUUCUAUAACCGGUGCUGCAGCUACAGACCCAGAUGACUUCUCCAUGCGAUAUGCCAGUGUAAUCAAAACUGUCUUGGGUUCUGAAGUGGACACAUCAAAAACAUGGGCUGAGAAUGGACUCACAUCUCUCAAGAGUGCUGAGCUGAGGAACAUGGUCGAGGAACAGUUGCAUGUGGUGCUCCCCACCAACUUUGAACAUCUCUACCCAACACUAAGUGAACUUUCAGUUUUCUUAAGAGCAUCAGAGGGCAAGAGCUUUCCCAAGCAAAAUACAGACAACCACCCUAAUUUCCUUUGGGGCUCAUCAAGAUCCAGAAUAAGCAAGCUCCAAAUGGGGGUGAUCCAAACUCUUGGUUCAAGUGUGAUUCUUCUCCUGGUUCUGGUGUCACUUGUUCCAUCCUAUUUCCUUGUCUUGUGGGUUAUGGAACAGUGCUCCUCAACCAAUGGUGUGGAAAAUCACUGUUCAAUCUCAUGGGUUUUCUUGCCCAUAACUUUCCCCCUAUUCCUACUGUCACUGUCAGUAGUGGUAGUAAUCUGCAAGGUUGCUGUUGUAGGGAAAUACAGGCAUCAACAGUUUGAUCUCUUAUCAUGGGACUAUGUUCGCUGGUGGUUUGUGGACAGGCUCUUGCAUAUCUGGGAGUCAAUUGCUGGGCAGUUUCUUGUCGAAACAAGGUUCAUCUGGAUUUUCUACUGGCUACUUGGGGCAGAUCUGGCAGGGUCAGCCAAGAUUCAGUCCUACAUACGAGAAUUUGAUCUUGUCAAAGUGGGCAGUAAUGCUACGAUUGGACACCCAAUCAGGUGCAGGAAAUUUUCUCAGUCUUCAGAUGCAGGUCCAAAGUUGACCUUCCGCCCCAUUGUGAUUGGAAAUAACUGUCAAGUGUCAGGCAUGGUCAGCCCUGGGGGCGAGAUUGGAGAGGGCAGCAAGGUGGAGAAACUUUCUGUGGUGGAAGAGGGUGCUAUGGUCCCACACGGUGUUCUUGCCAAAGGAAACCCAGCAUGCCACGCGGGCUCAUUUCAGCCCACCAACUCAAAGAGUUUGGAAGAACCCAUGUUGGAUGUGUUCAAGAUUCUUUGGACAAUCUUCGAAGCAUACCACUUCUUCACACUCUCUUUCUUGGUCCAUACUGCACUCAACGUAAUCUUACCAUCCUGGCGAUAUGUUGGCAUUCUUCAUUGGAUCUUGUUGUUUCCACUGACAUCCUUUCUUGCCCUCAUGACAAGUAUCGGCCUCAAAUGGCUCUUGAUUGGCAAAAGGGAUCCAUCAGAUGAAUACGAGGGGUCUCUGUGGCGAGGAGCAACCAAUUGGGCAUGUGACUUCCACUUCCGCACAGCAUGUUGGUCAUUUAUUCCCUUUUUUGGGCAGUCAAGAAUAUGGAACAUGAUUCUUUUCCUACAUGGCCUUGAUAUUGACAUGGCGUCCACUCUCAGUGGUCCAUAUUUUGUCUUCCUACCCUCAAAGGUUGAUUUUGUAAAGAUCAGGGGAUCGUUUGUUGCCACCAUGUCACUUGACUUCAGCAAACAAGGAAACUCCAAAAUUGAUAUUAUCAACAGCAGCAUUGGCUAUGGUUCCAAUUUACAUGCAGGAGUCAAGAUAAUACAAUCAACAAUCCCACCAAGGUCUGAUGUGACUGAGAGUAUCUACAACCUGAACCAAGUGGGCAAGUCAAAGAGGCGACCUAUGCUGACAGAAGAAGUGGCUCUUCAGUUUAUGAAUGUGGUUGUUUUUGCUUCUAUCAUACCUUCCUACGAGAUUGGCCUGGCAGCUACGACAGGUUCUUCCCCUGUUGUUAUUGCAUUCGGUUUGGCUCUUGCAGUUCUGUUGCAACUGUUCAUAUGGAUUCUUUCCACCAGGGUUGUUGAGCUUAUUUUGUUGCACCUCCCAGCCCAGGCCCACGAAAAACUUUAUGGAGUUUACCUCACCCAUGUCUGGUACUUUCGGGUUGGAAACUGGCUGGAGAUGCUCCUCUAUGGCACCCCAAUGUUUGGUUACUAUGCACGAUUCAUGGGAGCAGAAGUUGAAGGAGACCUCUGGUACUUUGGAAAUACUAUCUAUGAGUAUGGUUACUUGCAUUUCAAAGAAAGAACAAUAGUGGAUGACUCCCAUGUGAGUGGACAUUACCUUGAUGGUAAUGGACUUACCCUUGGCGACACUUAUGUAUCAGGAUUGUUGCACCCCGGAUGCUAUGCCCGUGCUGGGUCUGUGGUUUCUGGGGAUGUGAAUGGUCCCUGGAAGGUUUUUCUAAGCAAUGAUGGCAAGAAUUCAACAUCUCCUGUUUGA